AUGCCGAAGGACGUAUGUGUAACGAGUUUCAACAAGGUGCUGUUGCAAAAGGAAGAGUUAGAACAGAAACAGCUGCAUCUACUACAGGUGGUAGAGAGCGAGAGGACCUCACGCUGGCAGUAUGCGCAGCAAUGCGACGAACUCGCCAACGAAGUGAAGAAAUUGAGAACUGAGCUAUGCACGUAUAAGAAAGAGCACGAGACUCCAACACGUGCGGCUUCCAUCUCCAGCUCUUCGCCAAGCCACUCACCGGACAUUGACCCUGCUGAACUUAAGAAGAUCAAGAAAGUACAGAGUUUCUUUCGAGGCUGGCUGUGCCGUCGGCGCUGGAAGCAGAUCGUGGAUGAGUACAUCAAGAGUCCACACGCGGAGAGCAUGCGGAAGAGAAACAGUCUUGUCUUCAAGAUGGUCGAGGCCGAAGAAGAAUAUCUCGAGCAGAUGGAGAUUUUGGUGACCUGCUAUCUCCGGCCCUUCAAAAUGGCGGCCAGCUCCAAGAAACCUCCGUGCACCCACGAGGACGUCAACUCCAUCUUCUUGAACAGCGAGACCGUCCUGUUCCUUCACCAGAUUUUCUUCAAAGGUCUAACGUCUCGAAUGGAAUCCUGGCCAACGUUGGUCUUAGGAGACCUAUUCGACAUGCUGCUGCCGAUGCUGACGAUCUACCAGGAGUACGUGAGGAACCAUCACUACUCCCUUCAGGUUCUCACAGAGUGUAAGCAGACCCAGCCGUUUGCCCAACUCCUGGCACGUUUGGAGAGCAAGCCAGCCUGUCAGAGCAGGAGUCUCGAGACGUUUCUCACGUAUCCUAUGCAUCAGAUCCCGAGGUAUAUAAUAACUUUGCACGAGCUCCUGGCGCAUACACCGCACGACCACGUAGAGCGCCGCAGUCUACAGCACGCACGCGCGCAGUUGGAGGAGCUCUCUCGACAGAUGCACGACGAGGUCAGUGAGACGGAGAAUUUGAGAAAGAAUCUAGCUGUGGAGCGCAUGAUAAUUGAAGGAUGUGACAUUUUGCUUGAUGUGAAUCAAGUAUUCAUUCGUCAAGGAACCUUAUCUCAAGUGGUAGGAAAAGGUCGUCGAGCAUCUCUUCAGACUCGUCAAGCAUUUCUAUUCAGCAAUCAUCUUCUGCUGGCAACAAGAGCUACUGGUGGAAGACUUCAUCUACCCCCAUCUGCCAGACUGCCCUUGCAUGAUGCCUUACUGAUUGAAGACCCAGGGAACGAAAAUGAGGACGAUUCUACUUCAGUGUGCUCAUCCCCGGGAGGCGACAUCUACCAAGGGAAGGACUUCAAGAUACUUGUCGAAGUUAAAGGCGAGCAGAUUUGUGCGCACUUGGUGGCGGGCAGUGUGGAAGACAAAGCAGGCUGGACGAGCGAGUUGGCGCAAUGCAUGGAGAGCGCGGCGCUGACGGAGUUGCUGCGCGCGUGCGGUGCGUGCGGUGCAUCAUCAGCCAGCCUGCCUGCCUGCCGCUCCGACCGCGCGCUUUUCACCGAUGACGUAGACAUUCGCUUUAGCCGAACGCUCAACUCCUGUAAAGUGCCGCAGAUACGUUCCGCCACACCGCAGAGACUCCUGCAGAGACUCACAGAUCUACGUUUCCUGUCGGUGGAUUUUUUGAACACCUUCCUACUCACAUAUCGAGUGUUCACUGAUGGAGUCACAAUACUUGAAGCCCUCAAGCAAGUGUUCUAUGAGCAGUCACAACAAGAAAUGGAGUUGGCCCCACCACCGGAUACAUCUGCCAUCAGAAAAGCAAGUGGAGCUAGUUCGGUUUCUGGAUACGGCUCCGAAUACAGCGAUAGAGACUGGCAGUCGAGGCGAAGAAGAAGACAAACUAUCGCCUUUCUUGAUGGCGCCGUCACGCAAAUCUUCAACAGUAAGCAAGGUACAUCUCCAUCAUCUCCAGGAGCGAUUAGCUCUGUAACUUUGGUUGGGAGUCCAAAGAAAUCAAGUCCAAGUCAUGACCAGUCUACUUCUAAAAUUAAAUCACCAAUUAAAGACAAUGAUGCAGCUGCAGCACUCAUGAAAGACGAGAGUAUAGAGAUGGUUGAUCAAAGCGACGAAGAUAUCAAAUACAAAGAAGAAGAAUCAGAAAAAACUAAAAAGAAGCCAAACGAAAAGUUUAAAAUAUCUCAGAGAUUUUCAGAGCGCGUGCGUACAAUGUCGGAGAGUCCGCGGCGCCUGCAGCCUUCAGCUGCUGCUGCUUCUGCUGCUGCUUCCGAAGCGCGACGCCGCUCUGAAAGCGCUCACGAUACAAACAACGGCAAUGCACCCGACGAACCAAGACGAGCUUCUGAUUCUGGGACGCGAUUCGCUGCUAGAAGAUCUGUCAGGAGCAGUACAUCCACGGCAGCAGCAGCAUUUGCGGUGGCUACAUCAGCAUCUUCUAAUCCAAGGUCACCACCACCAACAUCUCCACCUGCAACUAGAAGAGAUUCUGUUAUAUCUACUGCUGCUACUAUGAGAGUUCUCAAUGUUUUAAGACAUUGGAUAUCCAAGCACUCACACGAUUUCUGGUCAGAUGAACGCCUACGAGGACUAACAAUGGACUUUCUUAAAGAGAUAGAGGGCAGCCCAGGAUUACUUCCAGCGGAACAUAAGGCUGCUGCACAACUGCUUCGACUACUGGAACGAGCACCAGAUAGACCUGUGGAUUUAAAGAUAUUGUUUGCUACACCUCGGGUGCUGACUAAAGAGAGCGUGGAAACACUAUCAGCUCUUGAAAUUGCAGAGCAAAUGACAUAUUUGGACUUUCAGAUCUUCAGUUCAAUUAAUAGCGAGGAGUUUCUAGGCCAGGCAUGGACAAAAGCAGACAAGGCUGAGAGAGCCUCACACAUUCUAAUGAUGACAUCUCAUUUCAAUCACAUUUCAAACCUUGUUAUAUCUGAAAUUUUAAAGAAGUAUACUUUAGCCGGUCGUGUGGCAGCAAUAGAGAAAUGGGCAGCAGUGGCGGAUAUAGCACGCUGUCUGCACAACUUCAACGGAGUUUUACAAGUGUGUGCAGCGCUCUCAAACACGUCGGUGUACCGACUCAAGAAAACUUGGGAGAAAGUAUCUAAGACCAGCAAACAAACGAUAGAGCGGAUGCAAACUAUUAUCUCAUCGGAGUGUCGAUUUAGGAUCCUGAGGGAUGCCUUGCACAGGUGUGACCCUCCAUGUAUCCCGUACUUGGGAAUGUACCUAUCAGACCUUUCGUUCAUUGAAGAAGGAACCUCCAAUUACACGCCUGAUGGGCUACUCAACUUUUCAAAGAUGCGAAUGAUUGCACAUGUAAUUCGAGAAAUCAGGAACUUCCAGCAGACUCCCUAUAAAAUUGAUCAUAUACCAAAAGUAUGUGACUUCCUCCUGGACAAGUCGCUGGUGAUCGCCGAAGAGCGACAGUACCUCCUGUCACUGGAGCUGGAGCCGCGCGUGGCGCGUGGCUCAGGCGCAGGACUGAGCAGCGGCGCGAGUGCGGCGUCGCCGGGCUCCUAG